UCAUCUUUCUGGUGGCAUAAUAUAUUUGUUCCCAAUUUAGAAAACGGUGCUCCAUCAAGAUCUCGCCUCUGCAACUUAUUCAAUUGCAGUUUCCUUUCAACUGCAAAAUCAAUCUGCGAUGAGGGAAGCCAGCAGAGAACCAGAGUCCCCUGGGUUGAACAGCAUCAACUCAGUGAUGAAUCAUCACCAAUUCCUCCACGAAAUGCUGCAGCCCUCCAAUUUCGAUCCCACGUCGUCUCACGAGGACUUUCUCGAACAGAUGCUCUCCUCCGUGCCUCCCACCCCUUCCUCCUUCCCUUGGGCCGACGACCACCCGCCGCCGGGGAAUUCCGAGGAUCAUUCGCCCGCGCUGCGGAUGAGGCACCACCAGAUCAGCGGCGGCGCCGCCAAGGCAUUGAUGCUCCAGCAGCAGUUGCUGCUCUCCAGAGGCUUCUCCGCGCCGAUGCAUGACCACAACGACGUCGUUGACUCCUCGUCUCCCAAUUCCGCUAAUCCGGCAAAUGAUGCAUCAAUUAAAGGCCUAUUCAACGCCUUCACUGGAUUGCCUGGUCAAAAUUCCAAUCAAUCUCAGCAAUUUCACCACCUUCAGGGAGGAGGUUUGCAACAGUCUCAGAGUCUCAGUGGGGCCGCGGCAGCGACGAGUGGAGACGGGGCGGCGGGGCGGUCGAAGCAGAAGGUCAGAGCAAGGAGAGGACAGGCUACCGAUCCUCACAGCAUCGCUGAAAGAUUAAGAAGAGAGAGAAUUGCGGAGAGGAUGAAGUCUUUACAGGAGCUUGUACCCAAUGCUAAUAAGACGGACAAGGCCUCAAUGCUGGAUGAGAUAAUUGAUUAUGUCAAAUUCCUCCAGCUCCAAGUCAAAGUUCUUAGCAUGAGCAGAUUAGGAGGUGCUGCAGCUGUGGCUCCUUUAGCUCCAGACAAGUCACCAGAGGGGAGGCAGCCGGCGGCAUCAAACAACAACAAUAAGGAUGGAAUGGCGGCGACGGAACAGCAGGUGGCGAAGCUGCUGGAGGAGGACAUGGGUUCUGCCAUGCAAUACCUUCAAGGAAAGGGGCUGUGCCUAAUGCCGAUUUCGCUUGCCACCGCCAUCUCCACUGCCACGUCACACUCCCGUAACCCCCCGCACAUUGGAGAGGCUGGUGGAGGCGGGCCUUCAUCGCCUAGCACAUCGGUUAUGACCGUCCAAUCAUCAGCUACUACCAUCGGUAGAAAGAUGUCCCUUCAGGAAGCCAUUGCUGCUCCUAAGUUGGAGUGAUGAUCAAUGCAUGUGCAUUGAAGUAUUAACUGCGUAACUUUUAAAAUGUAAACCAAGUUUGCAUGUCCUAACUAAUGAAAUAAUAUCUUUUUUAUGCUUUCCA